AUGUUCUCGUCCUGCCAAUCACAGGCUUCAGCCCCGGACGGGGACAAUAUGGAAAUAUGGGCUCCAAGCCUGUUACGGAUGAUUCUGCUCGAUUAUUUCACCAUGCAGCAGGGUCAUGGAGAACAUCUAGCCUGUUGGUCGAGUACGGCAAAUUUUGUCGUACCUUUUUUGGGCGCUGUAGGUACUGGUCCAAAGUUCCUCAUAACUGGAUUAUCUGAGAUCGGCGGAACUGAACACUACGUGAAAAUAAUGUUUGUGAUCGUUUUUCCCUCUAUCAAUGAUAGCGAUGGCGCUGGGUGAAUUGAUGUGACAAAUUUGAGUCACUCACGCAGAAUUUAUAUAUGCAAGAAUAGAAUACGCCCGACAGACAGCCUAAUCGAAUGUAAUCGUCCUGAACUAG